AUGCGUCUCUUCUUUGGUCUUCUGUUGUUAACACACCUUGGAUUGGCUGAUGUUAUUCCUAGGACAUCAUACUACACAAGUAAGGCGUUUCAAAUAAAUUAAUUGCUGUAACUUAGGAGAUCGUGUCUUCCAAUGCAUAAAUUAUGCACCAAAUGUAACCAGAUGCUCACUGAAAGAAGAAGGCCGAAAUACUGAGCUGAAUCCUGGUUGUUUUGAAGAACAGACAGAAGUAAGUGGAACACCGACUAAAGGAAAUAAAUAUGGUUAUAGAAGAAUGAAACGAGGGUGUACUGUAGAUUAAAUUGUGAGGAAUCAGAUGAAACUACAGUAUUGGCUAAGAUCCCUGGAUCAAAUCAUAAAUGUAAUAACUUUUUUACAUAUCAUCUGGAAAGGAGAAGAAGAGAUUGGUAAGUUACUGUAACACAAAAUAUGCAAGGGGAUUCUGAAUAAAAUAUGUAGUAUUUGAGACGAAAAUAACAUCGCGAUAAAAUCAUUUGAGAGUAAUGAUUUCUGUGACAAGCAUGAUUAAUUGCAUUUUCCCGCAUGUUUUUUGUUUUCAGGUAUAUUUGGAGAUCGGGCGAAUGCAUUUCGACUACAAUCAGCUUCGAGAUCCGUUGCGGAUUCCCCAAAGACCCUCGCCAAUUCUAUGCCCAAUAUAAACAACUCUUCGAGUAUGAUGAGGGUGAUGUUCCAGUCGACACGGAUGCAAAACGUCGAUCUUAG